UUUUUAUUCUCCGAUUCACACAUAAAAAACACCAUAUAAAGUUUGUAACCUUUUUGGUUCUUGUUGUGUUGGUUUUCUUGGAUCACGAACAUGGUGGUGCGAGUGCAUCUCAGUUCCCUCCUACCCUUAACUGUGUUGAUCUUAUUAUGGAGCCUUGAGGGUGCCCUAGGAGACCCUCAGAUUCUUCUGCUCAACAAAGGUUGCAGCCAAUACAACGCCACGGAUUUGUCCACUUUCAAUCAAAAUCUCAACGCAACUUUGAAUGAUCUCAGAGUUCAAGUUACCAACCAAAGCAAGCACUUUGCCACGGCUCAAGAAGCCAGAGGACAAGACCCUGUCUAUGCCAUGUUCCAAUGUAGAAACUACCUCUCUACCACUGACUGCGCCGCCUGCUUCGCCGCCGCCGCCGCCCAAAUCCGCAACUGCUCCGCCGGGGCUAACGGUGCCCGUGUCAUCUAUGACGGUUGCUUCCUCAGGUAUGAGAGCGCCGGCUUCUUUGACCAGACAACUUUGGCUGGGAACAGUAUGAUGUGUGGAAAUCAGACAGCAGUUGGAGCCACUGAUUUGAAUACAACUGCACAGCAAGUGCUGAAGGAUCUGCAAAUUGCAACCCCCAAAAUCACUGGUUUCUUUGCAGCUACCAAGACUCAACUGGCUGGUGCUGCAAUCUAUGCCAUUGCACAGUGUGCUCAAACUGUAUCGGAGAGUGGUUGUCUGGAUUGCCUCACAGUUGGAUACAACAACAUUGAAGUUUGUUUACCCAAUACAGAAGGCAGAGCAUUUGAUGCUGGAUGUUUUAUGAGAUACUCAGAGACAGCCUUUUUUGCUGAUAACCAGACAAUCGAUAUCACACCCUUCUUGCAACAAGGGAGUUCAAGCAAAAAGGGAGCCAUUAUUGGUGGGGUUGUUGGAGGUGUGGCUUUGAUUGUGAUCCUCCUUGCACUAAUUGCCUUGCUAAGAUGGUACAAGAAACCCAAGAAGGUUCGAAGAGGUGACAUAUUGGGAGCAACUGACUUGAAAGGUCCAGUGUCCUACAGGUAUAAGGAUUUGAAGGCUGCAACAAAAAAUUUCAGUGAGGAAAAUAAACUGGGAGAAGGAGGUUUUGGAGAUGUAUACAAGGGCACUUUGAAAAAUGGGAAGAUAGUUGCAGUGAAGAAAUUAAUUUUAGGCCCAUCAGGGAAGAUCGAUGAUCAAUUUGAAAGUGAAGUGAAGCUUAUAAGCAAUGUUCAUCACAGGAAUCUGGUUCGACUCCUUGGAUGUUGCAGCAAAGGCCAAGAAAGAAUCCUUGUUUAUGAAUACAUGGCAAAUAAAAGCUUGGAUAGAUUCUUAUUCGGUGAAGUAAAGGAUCCCCUCAACUGGAAACAAAGAUAUGAUAUAAUUUUAGGCACAGCAAAGGGUUUGGCCUAUCUGCAUGAGGAUUUCCACGUUUGCAUCAUACACAGGGAUAUAAAGACUAGCAAUAUCCUCUUGGAUGAUGAAAUGCAACCAAGAAUUGCUGAUUUUGGGUUGGCAAGACUUCUACCAGAGGACCAAUCUCAUCUCAGUACAAGAUUUGCAGGAACAUUAGGAUACACAGCACCUGAGUAUGCACUCCAUGGUCAGUUAUCAGAGAAGGCCGAUGCCUACAGCUUUGGUGUUGUACUCCUAGAAAUCGUAAGUGGCCAAAAGAAUAGUGAAUUGAGGACAGAUGCUAAUGGUGAAUUCCUCCUUCAAAGGGCUUGGAAACUGUACGAGGAAGACAGGCAUUUGGAGUUGGUUGACAAGAAAUUGGAUGGUGAAGAGUACGACGUAGAAGAAGUGAAGAAGGUGAUGGAGAUUGCUUUGCUUUGCAUUCAAGCAUCAGCUGGUGCAAGACCAACAAUGUCUGAAGUAGUAGCCUCACUCAAAGGCAAUAAUUCACUGGGGCAAAAUAGGCCCUCUAUGCCUGUAUUUGUUGAAUCUAACUUCAGGACUCGGCCAGCUGACAUCUCUACCUCAACUGCUUCCUCUACUUCUAAUGCUACUGCUUCCAUUUCUACGCUCUCAGCUCGAUGAACAUAUCUUACGUGAAGGAAUUACUGUUUCAAAAUAAGGGGAUUUUUCUUCCAUAAUUCUUCGACUAUUGUUGCUCAGUAAAUUGUCAAGUAGUGAUUGAUGUGAAGUUGAUGAAUUAGCCACUUUGUAGAACCGAACCAUUAAUUUUGCAUUUUCUUCUAAGUUAUAGUUUGGAUAUUUUGUAUGCAUAAGGAGAUAGAAUUUUCACAAUGUCUACAAAAAGUGUUGAAAUUCUUUACUAAGUGUGCCACUAUGAAGUGGGUAGCUUUACAUGAGCCAAUAAGCAACGUUAUCGUUGUUGACUACAUACACUUUCCAUCUCAACCAUUU